CAUCUACAGUAUGCGUUCCGGCCCUUGUGGGGUUGGUCUCCGCCUUUCAACACCCCGAGGGCAAUAAUGAGCUGCCACCCUGACACCCUGAGCCCCAGCCAGGCAGGGUCGCGUGUGGUCACUAGCUGGAUGAUGGAAUCUGAAUGGCAUUUGCAAGGUUGCUUAAGAGUGACAAUAAUAGAUGCUGCAAGCCUGCGUCGAGGCGUUCCCUCGAUUGCAGCAAACCCCCGCCUGUCCAUGGUCAAAUCAUCACUUCACCACCAUGGAAAGUGGACACGCCCAGCCAGCCAACGGCAAUCGCAGACCUGAAGGCCGGCUUUACCCUUUUAGGACCAAAGCGGGCGAGAGCGAGCAACGAGCCGUAUGUUGCGGGAAGUGGGCAUGGACCUGCUAAGGAGAAUUCCUCUCGUAGGAGGCAUUUACCUGUCGCCUGCAAUUGCGCAAAGCAGUCCCGCGAACGCAGCUUGUUCAACGGGAGCGUCUGGCGGGCUGCUGCUGAUGGUAAAAAGAGCGAGAGCGAGAGCGAGCAUGUCCCCGGAUUGCCCCAGACGGGCGCAUGUCAGCCAGACAGAUGGAGGGCUGGAGGCAGCACGUUAUAUACAAUACAUGCGCCCCGACAGAUUACCUACUGGAACGCUCUCCCGAGUCCCGUGCAUGGACCUUUUACGAAAGCUACGGUGCCACGGCCCAUGCCUUCUCUCCCUUCCGAGCGCCGCCGUCCCACGGUCCUCUGUGUGCACUGUGUGCUAUUCCCUGCCUCCAACCGGUUUAACUUUUAUAAGGGCGGCGCCCAGCUACUCGGAACGGCACCAGGGUCGCCCAUUAUUAUUUCGACUACCCCCAUCGAAUUGGGGGACUCUGCCGCCGCGCAUACAUAGCAGGAUCGCUACUCUACUAACCUUCGUUGUCCUAUAUAUCAUCCGCCUCCACCUUGCUGUGCGACACAAACUAAAAGGGAUAGCGAGCGACUCGUACCGGCCUGCCCAGCACUUUAACCACCAUCUUCCUGGUCGUUAAAGUCGUAUUCCCUCCCCCUCAGCAGGAUCGUACCCUCGUCUCCUCUGCUCCGCACGGCUGCUCACGCCUUCUUCCCCUCCUGUUGCUCCUCUCAUCCCUCGUGUGCACAGCCAGGCCAGCUCUCCCAUCGUCGCCCUCUUGUAUCUCGUUCUGUACCUGGACGGCAAUACGAACAGGAACGUCGCACUCGUGUGCCGUCUAGUAAC